AUGAAAUAUUGUUUGGGUUAUCAAGAUUAUGAGUUAGUGCUAUCACUGAGUAUGAUUCUGCAGAAUGAUACAAUGAACUGUGAUCGCAUCAACGAAAUGUCUGACUAUGGUACUAUUUCGGUGCCAAGCUCGCCAUGUGCUCUCAACUCAACUUCACAACUGAACGGAAAGGUGUCAGUUGAGAAAGAUGCCACUAACAGUAAUGAUUAUAUCGCACCGAAGGUAGCCGAAUGUUCGCCAGUUGAAGACUGUUCGGCACUGUCCACAAAAUCGUCAGCGCUGAUUGUUUCUGCUCCUCUUGCGGAUACUGAACGCGAUUCUGUUGAUCACCUCUCAGCAGUCAUUCGCGUUGGAGAUGCAGCACCUUCAUCGCAAGCAUCACGAUUGGCUGCCUUAAGACGUCGUUCGAGUGUUGUUCGAGAAAAAUGGGCCAACAAAAUUGAAUUUCUUCUCGCAGUAAUCGGUUAUGCUGUUGAUCUAGGCAAUAUUUGGAGGUUUCCGUCUGAGUGCUAUAAGAAUGGAGGAGGUGCGUUCCUUAUUCCAUACCUCGUUAUGCUUCUCGUCGGUGGUUUACCGAUGUUUUACAUGGAACUGGCGCUUGGUCAAUUCCAUCGAUCAGGCUGCAUUAGUAUUUGGUCAAAAAUUUGUCCAAUGUUCAAGGGGAUCGGUUACGGUAUCUGCUUUAUAUGUACGUUUAUAGCAUGUUACUAUAACGCAAUCAUUGCACAUGCCGUCUAUAUCGCAUACGAUUCUUUGCAGGCAGUUGUACCGUGGAAAACUUGUAACAAUACAUGGAACACCGACCUCUGCACAAGCAGCCUCAAUGAAACUUUAAGCAAAAGCGGCGAAAAACUGAGAACGCCAUCCGAGGAGUAUUUUCUGUGGGUUGUAUGGGUAACAGCAACUGCACCUUAUAUAAUCCUGACGAUCCUUCUUAUUCGCUGCAUAACAUUACCAGGUGCUUCAAGAGGUAUUUAUUACUAUCUAACACCAAACUUCAGCAAACUAUUGGAUGCAAAAGUUUGGAGUGCAGCUGCCACUCAAAUAUUUUUCUCGCUUGGCCCUGGAUUUGGUGUCCUUCUGGCAUUGAGCAGUUAUAACGAUUUCCAUAAUAACUGCUAUCGCGAUGCGUUAGUCACAUCAGUCAUCAAUUGCGGCACUUCAUUCUUCGCUGGUUUUGUGAUUUUUUCAACACUCGGUUAUAUGUCCGUAAUAACGAAUCGACCAGUUAGCCAAGUGGUCGGUGAUCACGAAGCAAGCCUCAUCUUUAUUGUUUAUCCACAGGCCAUUGCUACUAUGUCCUAUUCAAGUUGCUGGUCGUUCAUCUUUUUCGUAAUGCUUAUUACGCUUGGCAUUGAUAGCACGUUCAGCGGAAUUGAAGCUUUGAUCACUGGAUUUUGUGAUGAAUAUCCACGAAUUUUAGCACGAAAACGUGAAAUCUUUGUGGCCAUUGUGAUUGCCAGUUACUACCUUGGUAGUCUUCCAACUGUUACGUAUGGUGGCACAUAUGUGAUAGAGUUCCUCGAUGAAUACGGUGUUACAUUAUCAGUGCUAUUCAUUGUGAUGUGCGAGAUGGUAGCUGUAUGUUGUUUUUACGGUAUUCGUCGGUUCAGUGAAGAUGUGCGUCAAAUGCUCGGAUUCUACCCCGGCAUCUAUUGGAGGUUCUGUUGGACUUGUUGUCCACUGUUUAUUGGUGUUAGUUUCGUUUUUUUUUUUGAUCUCCUGAACGCAUAUUGCAUUCACUUUUACCUUGCAUUCAUAGUACACCCAUUCAUUGUCAGUGCGCUGAGAGCUAACAGUAAUAAAAAUGGCGUAAAUUCGAAGAAACAUUUGAAUCGAUCAAAAUCAGCUGAAAACGAACCCCAUCAAAUUCAGGCAAUAUUUGCUCUCACGGUCUAUGACAAGCUGAUAUCGCGAAUGAGAGUUCCCAGCAUUACAUAUCCGGAAUGGUCAAUACUCCUUGGAUGGUUUUUGAGAUUAACUUCUGUUAUGAGUGUUCCUAUAUAUGCUAUUUAUUAUAUAUGUAAUACCAAAGGAACCUUCUCACAGAGAUGGCAAAAAGCAAUUCGGCCACAGCAACGGCCUCUGUCAAGGGCAUCUUCUGCUGCAUCUUUUGAUGCAGCAGAAUCUCAACCAUCGGCGUAUGUGAUGGAUUGUUCAAGUGCUUUUAAUCAUACAAAUACUGUGGCACAUCUAUAG